AUGCAUUUUAUUCGAGUAGUGUGGAACUAUUUUAAAUUUUCAGGAGAGAGGGACGUAGAUGAAGAUGAUAUGUCAAGAGCAUUAAUUUUAUAUACAGAAGAGUUAGAAAAGAAAUUAGGAGACAUAAAAAAGUUUAAUUAUUCAAAGUUUAAAGAUAGAAAAUUUAUUGGUCGUGGGGGAUCAGCUGUUGUUUAUUCGGCAGUUUUUCAUGGGAAAAAGUACGCACUAAAAAGUUUAAACAAUAAUUUAAGUAUUGAUAAAAAAAUAUUUAAGGAGACAAAACGUGAGCUUGGAAUUCUUUACCAACUUGAUCAUCCAAACAUUGUUAAAUUUCAUGGAGUUUCAAUUGGCAUGUAA